AUGAAAAAUGAUGUGUCUCAUACAAAUGCAUUAAGCUCUUUUAAGAAAUUUGGACAGCUAAUUUAUGAUUUUGGGUAUUCAGCUGAUUUAGCACUUACUAUAAACAGAUUAAUUGCAAAAAAUCACUACGAUCUUCUCGAAGAUGCUUUAGAAAACUUAAAAAAUUUAAAUCAAGAUUUCGAAAUAAUCCAAGAUACCCUAUUACUCCCCCUCCGUAAGCGAAUAAAACAAUUGGAAAAAUCCAUUUUUUUGGGCUAAAACCCACACUCCGUGAGCGAAAAAAAAAAUGUUUUUUAUCAAAUGAAAUCUCAAGCUAAUUCUGUUAAAUUUUUAACAGCUUGCAUUUCAAACAUAAAUUUUGCAAAUUAAAUUAAUAUUUGCUUUAAAAUUAUUUCGAAUAUGGAUUUUUGUACAAUUAUAUAUAUAUAUAUAUAAAUUUUCUUAAAAAAAUUGUUCACUCGCGGAGGGGGAGGAGCUAGCUGAUUUUAGUCAAUGGUCUGACUGUGAUAGUCAAAAAAUUGUUUAUAAUUCAAUAAUUCCAAUAUGAAUUUUUGACCACAAGGAGCCAAUUGACUUAUAUUAUAAUCUGUAUGACGCCAUAGGAAUAUUCAUUUAUAAUGUAUUUUUUAUUCAGGGGCAAAGUUUAUUAUCUGAAGUCGAAGGCAAGAGAAAUUUUCAAGACCACGCAAAGUUUUUGUUUAUGAAUGGACUUGGAAGCUUAUUUUAUUACUCAAAUAUAACAAUAAAUGGGCUAGUUACAUGUGAAAUUGACAGAGUAGCAAGCACUGGGAGCACUAUAAACAUUCUUUUAAUAUGUGGAAUUUUUGCUCUUGGGAUUUUAAUAUUAGUGAUUAUGGGGUAUAUCAUACUUAUAUCCAGAAAAUAUGACGAAUUUUGAAAUUAUUGCCUAAAUAAUGCACAGUGACCGAUUUUUAAGCUAAAAUGUGCAGCAUUAGAUAGACUAGCCACCAUACAUGGAGUUGAUAAAGCUGUGGAGACAGGAUCAGAAAACAAAAGAAAAAGUAGCCAUAAAAGAGAAGUUAAAGGAACUUUAUAUUUACAGUACUUUAUUAGAUUAAUGCUUCUUUUUACUAUAGCAGCAUCUUAUUAUUUAUUAAUUUUCAAUUAUUUAUACCCAAAUCUAGACACAAUGAUGAUGCAUCGUCCUCAUAUACUUGAUAACUUUAUUAUCCGAAGAUCUUUAUUGUCAAGGGCAACUGUUUUUUCUAGAGAAAUUUUAUUUAAUUAUACAUAUAAUUAUCUGCCAGAACUUUACGCUUUCCCAAAUUCAGAGCUAAUUUUAGACCAAACAUUAUGCCAGCUUACACAAAGAAAUAAUGAAAUUCGAGAAGGAAGAUAUCUAGAUUUGCUGUCACAUGAAUUAAAAGAAAAAAUGUUUGCAAAAAAUGACUCACCUUAUUGGUGGCUUAAUAAAGGGACUCAGCCAGCUUUUGACAUGGUUAUUGGCGACACUGAAAAUUUUGAAAAUUUAGGUGAAGUGACAGAUGAUGAAUGGAUUUUCUUUUCAAAAAUGGGGAAAACUAUCCAAGAUGAAAUUGGGGAAGAAUUUGACUUGGCUGAUAGGGACUCGAAGAAUGCUAUUCAGGAGCAGCUGAAUGUUAUUAUAUAUACAACAGUUAUUUAUUCUGUAGCCUUGGGUGUGCUAUAUUUCUUUUAUUAUUUGCCGUACAUGAAAAAUCAAAUUAAACAGCUCAAUCUUUUUUCAGUGCUGCCGAAGAUUUUGCCAGAAAAAUAUGAUUAA